ACGUAUUCCACUGCCGGAGUCAGUAAUAAUUCAUAUAAAAACAAUGCCGAAAUAUUAAAACAUCGGAUGUAAUUGGGUGUGGUUACCAUGGAAACGCUUCUGUGUGUGAUGACAGCUGUAAUUGUGGUAAUCCAAAGGAUAGCAGGAGAUAACCCGUUUACCUCCCCUGGUCUGAUACUGAUGGAUUUUCAGACACCAACAGACACUACAGUUUUAAACACAUUCGAUAUCCACAUGGAGAGGAAGUCGUAUUUGGCGUCGUAUCUAGACCGGCAGUUCUCUUUAUUAUCGGUGUAUCCCCUCGGCCAAGCCUGUGUUGUAUUUGAUAAACGUGCUAAAACCAUUUGUAAGUUACAAUACAGUGGCGGUCAUUGGUAUCAACCUGUGUGUGCGGAGACCUUCGGUACUGUCAACGGACUGGACGUUGAUGACGUCAGAGGCCUUGUUUUCUGGACUGAUCCCGAUUUUAACGCCAUUAUGAUGGCACGGAUCACAAACUUGACCCAUCAUCACGUGAUCGUCGAUACGUUAGUGGAUAACCCUGGCGACAUAGCUGUGCAUCCUGAAGCUGGAUUAUUAUUUUGGACCGAUUUUGGCAGACUGCCAAAAGUGGAGCGAUCAACUCUGUCAGGGAGUGAACGACGAACGAUAGUAAUCGGAGGAACACCAUAUCUGUUGACACUAGACAGGGCAGGGAACAGGUUAUUCUGGAUUAACAAGGCCGAUAACACUGUGGGGUCAUGUGAUACAUCAGGAGAACGUCGUCAUCCAUUUCCCAUCAACAUUGAUGGAUCAACGUCGUCGUUGGCCUGGACCAGUCUCGUCGUCUAUCAGAGCCGUUUACUGCUGGCAUGGAGCGACAUUAACCAGGCUGGCGCGGUUUCUGUCGGACUUGGCGGAGAAAGUCGCAACAAUCGGUAUUUGUCAACAACAUACCAAGACCUUGCCAUUGUACGUGAGCAACCACAACUCCAAGGCAUGGAGGCAGAAUGUGUGGACUGUUUUUGUCGGCUUUACUCUGUGUACGAGAAUGGGACACUCACCAGGCAGUGUGCAUCUGAACAUAGUUCCCAUGGUUAUCUGUUCUUCACGACGCCGAGAGGAUUAUAUCGUAUGGACGUGUAUCCCUUUACAACGUCAUAUGCUCCUCACGUGACCCUAGUUUACGGCGCCAAUAUCUCCGUGUUUACAACUGACCCUGUAAACGAGAAGAUAUUCGCAUACAGCCAUGAUAGCAAGGCCAUAAUAGAGAUUACCCAGCAUGCUGUGACAGGAUACUGGAUGUCACGUGACCUUAUAAUAGUGGCAGCACCAGUUAAAAGCAUUGCAGUAGAUUGGAUGUCCCGGAAUAUCCUAUGGGUUGAACAAGGAUCCGAAUAUAUUUCUGUUGCUAAUUAUGAAGGACUGUACCGGAAGUGGUUGAUAUCACAAGCUUGGGCUGAAGAUCUGAGAGUUGAUCCACACAACAGGAUGGUAUUCUGGCUCAACUCCUCCCUGGGUUUGGUAGAGGGAGCUGAUCUGGACGGGCGAGGACAUGUAAACAUAGGAUAUACCGAUAAACAGUUUGCAGCUCUUACUAUCGACUGCGCAGGUCACCGACUCAUCAUGUUCGACUUCCGGUCCAGAGAACUCGUGGCUAUAGACUAUCUAUCUAGAGCACCUCCGGAAGUCAUCAGACAGGGGUUUUGGCGAGUAACGUUCAUGGCUAUGAUAAAGGAUUAUGUGGUCGUAAGCAACGACUCAAGGUGCCUGACGUUAGUGAACACUAAAACAGGGCUCCCUCUAGCGGCAAGAUACAUAGCCGAUGACAUCAUCACCCAUAUGGAGCUAUACCAUGUCGACAGUGUCAUGAACACAAGUCCCUGCGUGGAAAACAAUGGCGGAUGUGACCAGCUAUGUCUGCCCAAUCCGUCCACAAGGAAUUGUAACUGUGGCUUUGGUUACCAUGAGGUCUCCACCGAUAACGGGUGUUCUACAUAUCUGAUGGACAACUCGUUCCUACUUGUGGUUGACCAGCGUGCUCCGGCCAUUUAUCAGUAUAAUCAGGAUCGCCAGGGACAUCCGGUCGAUCGUUAUACUAUAGUUCCGGCCGUCGGUCUGGCCCAGCCAUACGCUGUGACCUACGACGCCAGAGCUCAAUACAUUUAUUGGUCUGAUAUUGAGCAGUUCAGCGUCAGUCGGAUACACAGUAGUGGACAAUACCAGGAAAUAGUGUACGGACAGGAAUAUAUGUAUGCUCUAGACAUUACUUUGAGUGUAUCCAUGCGCUUGUUGUUUAUUGCUGAUUAUUCCCGGAACCGGAUCAUAGCUCUUAAUGUGAACACUCUACAAACAACAACCUUCUCCGACCCGGUUAAUCGUGUUUACGGUCUCAGUCUGGAUGCCAGCAACAGAUAUUUGUACGCAUCCGGGUAUGGAGAAUCUCCUAACUUGGUGCGCAUUGAUAUAUGGACAGGGACCCAGUCGACAGAAAACCUGCCGUGGUUGGUGUUACCAGGGAAACUCGUUGUCCAUGCCACAGGUAUAUACCUGGUUGAGCAGCAUCUACGAACCAUCGUCCGGAUUGAUAGUAGCGGUAACGUUCACGACUUUAAACAUUUCCCAGAAGGUCACAUAGUGCAGUUCAUCACAGCAGACGAUAACAACAUUUAUUGGACAGAACAGAAUACACAACAGUUAUACAGAUUAAAUCUGCAAACGAGGGAAGAAUCAACAGUAGGAUUAGAGGGAACGUUGAUACACCCUACCGGACUCCUGUCGUUUGAAGUGGCUCGUACAUACACAGACAUUAGCUGUUUAAGCCCGUGUUUCGGUACCUGUGUACCAGCCGGAGAAAACCGUACAGUCUGUAUUCCUACACUGGCACCCCGCAACAUAGAUCUCCCAGAUAAUGAUAUCUGCAUUGUACCAAGCCACGACGACAUCGUUUAUGGUCAUGUGAAGGAGCUCCGGCCUGGGUCCCGUGUCCCGGGGGGUUCACAGUUCCGGGUACAGUGUCUGCCCGCCCAUAGUGUUGUAGGUUCCGACACCGGUAUCUGUCGCCGUAGAAACUGGAUGGUUAUACCCAGGUGUGAGCCAGACACCAAAGUUUACGGAACACGGAAUGGCGGAUGGACGAUCUUCACCCGAUCCGCUAGCUUUUACGUCUACUCCUGGAUGACAACUGUCAAGGUCAUAGUAGUUGGUGGUGGAGGGGGCGGAUACCAAUUCUCUAGUCAGGGAGACAGUGCAGGCGACGGUCAAAGGUCAAGGUUCGGGACAGUUACUUCCCUGAUUUCAACGGCUGGUGGGGGUAAAGGAGGCACCAUGGCGUCAGGUGGAGCUGGUGGUGUAGGGGAACGGAAUUCCGGUUCCGCCGGAAGUUUCUCUCGUAACACGUGCUCCCGGGGAGGGUCCGUAUGGAACUAUGUACCGACUAAAGCACACAGCUUGUUCUGUGAAAAUGACUACGGACCAGGCAGCUGUUUCUCGAACCACGCCUCCAGUAACGUUAAUUCCAGGAUAAGGCGAGACUGUCGUAUUGAUACCACAUGCAAAAACUUCGGUGAUGGGGCGGAGUCAAUAGAGGGCGGGUCUGGUGGAGGAGGCGGAUUCUCAAGACCAAGCCGUUUAAUCACAGCUUACCGUAACACCCUAAUCCCUAUUGAGGUUGGGCGUGGCGGGGACCCUUCUUACCCAACAGCAGGAGGGGGCGUGGUCAUCAUCUGGUGGGGCUGGGACGAGGAAUUGAACGACGUAGAAACUGCCAACAUAGAAAGGCUCUGUUCUGAAGAACCAGACAUUGAACCGUGACUGCCUAUUUUCUAACAGAUUCCCAACAAUAAAUCAUUAUAAUCAAUAUAUUUUGUAAUUCGUGCUGAAAAAAAUCAAACUUUACCCGUUGUAGGCUGUAACGAAGUUUAAUGGAUUUAUUUUCAUUAUUGUAUAAUGUAUAUGCCUGCAUUUAUACGUUUACUGUGGCAGUACAGAUUAAAACAGACAUACUAAAAGUAUUGACCAUUGUUGAACUAAAUGUCUAAUCGAAAACAUUGUUGAUACAUGUGGAACUUAUGUAGGGGAAACCGGAGUGCCUGAAGACAAACCACGUGUUCGGGUAAGUAACCUCAUACUGUACACGUUCAAUAUGUGAAUUGAAUCCCAGGGCAUAUAGUGUUACCCAUGUCCGUCCCGUCGCGUCCCGUCCCGUCCCGAUUCAA